AUGCCAGAAUAUUUAACAGCAGAUCAAUUAAAACAAAUACUGGAUGAGAAACUGGACCAGAAGCUAAUACCGUUGAAUUUGAAAGUUUCUGAACUCAGUACCAAACUUGAAGAUGCAAUGCAAUUCAUUGAUCUGGCUAACUCCAAGUAUGAAGAAGUAAUUACGAAACUUAAUUCUCACGAAAUAGCGAGAAUUGAGAUACAGGAAGAAAACAAGAUUUUAAGGAGUGCUUUACAACAAACUGAAAGCCAAGUGCUUCAAUUCAAAAACUCAUAUAAUGACCUUGAACAAUACUCUCGUAGGGAGUGUGUAGAAAUUCAAGGUAUACCAGCCCCUGAUCAUCCAACUAAGGAAUCAACUAAUGAUAUUGUAAUGAAAAUUGCCAGCAAAUUUAUGGAUAUUGAUAUCACCGAGAAAGAUAUAUCUGUGAGCCAUCGUUUACCUGUGAAUAAAGGAUACAAGGGGAACAGACCUGAACCUGCAAUUAUCGUAAAAUUUGUUCGUCGAGAUACUAAAGUGGCAUUUUAUCGAGCUAGAAGCAAGUUAAAGAACAAAACAACUCGAGACCUUGGAUAUCAAGCUGCUAAUGGCAUAUAUAUCAAUGAAAGCCUUACUGAAAUGAAUAAAGCUUUAUUUAAAUGUUGUCUAAAGACCAAGAAAGAUCUUAACUAUAAAUACAUUUGGACCUCAAAUGGUAGAAUCUACUUAAGGAAGAAUGAAGAGAGUCACAGAAUCUAUAUCAAGAAUGAAGGUCAACUUACUAAGCUGUUGAGCUAA